GUUAAAAAGAGGAAAACAAAACUAGAGACAACACGUCAUUUCGGGGGACAUUGCUUAGUGAUCAAACAUCAACUAUGAAUACCAUAUCAUUUAUAAUAUUUUCAGCUACGCUGUUAAGAUGCAGAUCUGCUCCUACUCCACUUGAAAAGGAUAUUAUGCCAAAUUUUAAAUGUUUUGAAUCCCCUACACUUGUGGAUACACUAAUCUAUUCCGCAGCCUUAGAGCUGAGGCAAACUUGUUUAAGUUCUAACUCAUCAGAGUUUGUGAAUAAAGUUUGUUCAAAUUUAAAAUCUUGGAAUGUUUGUGGUCUCAAAAAUACAAUGUCUGACUCAGAUGAUUUUUUAGAAGGAUUUGAAGCGUCGUUUGAAAGCAAUAUAAUGAAUAUUGAUUCGAAGAUAAAUCCUGAAGAAAUGAAGGUUUUCAACCUUGUGGAUGUAGAGACCCAUUGUAAAAAUAACAUUGAACAUUGUCGGUUCUAUCUGGCAAUUGAUAAAACACUGCGAAUGGAAUAUCAAGCGGCUGUAGAAAGUGAAGGGUAUAGCCAGAUGGACGCCUAUUUUCACAAUUUAAAACACUUCAUUGCGUUUCCAACGGAUGCUGAACUUCAUAUAUUGGGUGAAGAUACACGCCACUGCAAAGAUGAUAAAUCAAGUAGUAACAAAGCUGUUGGGAAUGCCUGCUCUGUCCUUGCUGCAGUCUCAGUCAAGAACCAGAUGGAUUACGCCUCUCCUGUAGAAACCAAGGAUAUCUUAAGUUAUCUUCACAACACAAGCAUUCAACAGCCGCAGGUUCCCUGUGAGGAGCUUAAGGAAUACGAGGAAAUAGUUACUGUGAAUGAAUGUAAUGAAGUAUGUAAUAAGAACGAAGAAAAGACGACUGCUUAUAUCUGCAAACUUGCUGCAUUUGGUCUUCAGUACACUAGAGCCAAUGAUGGACAAGAUAGACACAAAACAAUUGAAGAUGAUGUCCCCAACCAGAAAACAGUUGUAAGCAGUAAUGCCAAUACAGACCAUACUGAUAAAGGCGAUACAGCCAAUGGAGACAAAACUGAUAAAGACGAUACAGCCAAUGGAGACAAAACUGAUAAAGACGAUACAGCCAAUGGAGAAAAAACUGAUAAAGACGAUACAGCCAAUACAGACAAAACUGAUAAAGACGAUACAACCAAUGGAGACAAAACUGAUAAAAGCGAUACAGCCAAUGGAGACAAAACUGAUAAAGACGAUACAGCCAAAACUGAUAAAGACGAUACAACCAAUGGAGACAAAACUGAUAAAAACAAUACAGUCAAUGCAGACAAAACUGAUAAAGACGAUACAACCAAUGGAGACAAAACUGAUAAAAACAAUACAGUCAAUGCAGACAAAACUGAUAAAGGCGAUACAGCCAAUGGAGACAAAACUGAUAAAGACGAUACAGCCAAUGGAGACAAAACUGAUAAAGACGAUACAGCCAAUGGAGACAAAACUGAUAAAGACGAUACAGCCAAUGGAGACAAAACUGAUAAAGGCAAAGGCAAUACUACCAUUACAGACAAAACUGAUCAAGGCGAUACUUCCAUUAUUUCAGACAAAACUGGUAAAGGUGAUACUUCCAUUACAGACAAAACCGAUAAAGGCACUACUAUUAAAACAGACGAGACUGAUAAAGUUGAUAAAAAUCAAGGAAACUUUGCUACUAGUUCAACGUUCGGGCCAAUCUCUUCCUCAACUACCCCAGUGACACAGGUUGAGGAGGCAGAAAAUAAAAUUUCUGUGGACACAGACGACACUAGUAAGACAGAUGCUGAAGCCAGCAAAGAUUCAGAAGGAAGUGGUUCAGGAACUGGAGGGCAGCAGAUGGUCAAGAGUGAUUAUGACGACAGUGAUGACGAAGGCACGCACUUCAUGUCCUACUUCAUUGUAAUGACAGUGCUGUGCAUUGCUGGAUAUCUUCUCUAUCACAAUAAACAAAAGAUCCUCGCUCUCUUUCUGGAGGGUCGUGGAGGGGAGAAGGGUAGGAGACCCAACACAAAGCAGUACAAACGACUUAAAACUGAGGAUGUGAUGCCGUCACUGGAAAAAUCGGCUUCAAAGAAUACUUAUGCCUUCUAGCAUUUCAAUUUUUGAAACAAAUUAUUUGUGUUUUGACUUGAAAAGUCCUUUUGUGAUGUCUAGCUUUAGUGAUUCUUACUUAAAUUAGACUGUUUUAUGUUUAAGCAAGUUUUUUAUUAUCGAUUUAGUUUCCUUAAUAGCAGUCAGCGAAAAUGUUUUUAAAUUCUAGAGUCAUUCGGAACUGAAUGAAAUUUUAGCUGUCUGAAAAUGAUUUUUAAUAUUUACUAAAUAUGUGGGUAGAAUUUCGAUAAGGAAAGUCAGUAUUUUUACAAAUUUGAUCUCUAUGUAAUUCACUAUUUUCAAAGAGUCUGGGUCCAAUUUGGUAGUUUCGGACUACUAAUAUUUUGCAAACUGUAAAAGAAAGCGUUCAUUCUUGCAGUACAAAAUAUUAUAUUUUUGGGUUUAUUUUGAACUACUGAAAUAAUAAUACAUACAUGCAAAUAAUAUUUUGCUACAUUUUGGUGAGAAUUAGAUUGUCACAAUACAAGCUUGUUAGUAUGUUGUUUUUCGCUUACAUGUAAAAACUGUUGACGUUACCAAGAACAUUAGGUGGGAAGGAAAUGAAAAGUUCCAAAUGACUUUAAAUCUACAAAAAUGUAGCAGCAUCAUUUUGCUUUGUGCCCUCCAUUUGGUUUGUUUGAUUUGUUUAUUACAAGCAGGGAUGAGAUUUGUCUGGGGAUUCACGGAUUAUCGCAGAUCCGAUGGCUCCAAGAACAACCUCCCCCCCAUCCCCCACCCCAAAAACAACAACAGUAAACUGUGUGCAAAGAAAUCCCUAAAAGGUUUUAAAUAAGCCAGUUUUGCUUCGAGGCAGAGUGCUUCACGCCAUUAGAGGCUUAAUGUGGAGGCCCCAAACGCCUCACUGAAAUGGUGGCAGCCCAUUGUUCCUGGUUAAUCACAUUUUUUGUUAAUUACAUGUUUAGUUAUGAGGAUGUGUUUUAUAAAAACGCUUUCUUAUUUACAAGUAUAUGGUGUACAUAGGGAGUAACAUGCUUAGUGUAGUUAUGAUAAUUCACAGGGGGUUUAACUGAAUGGUUUAAACAUGUAUAAUGUCUAUGAUAAUGCAUACAUGUAUAUACAAUUUGUCAAUUGCACAGUUUUUCUGUGGUUGUUUUUGAAGGAAAGUGUUUAGAAUCAGUUCAUUAUCAUGAAUGGGUUAUUUUUUUAUCAAUUUUGUUUUAAAAAAAAUAAGUAAACAAACAUUUCUCUGAAUGUAUGUGCAAGAAAAUACAUUUUUGCACGAGUUUAAUAACAAAUAACAACAAUAAAAAGCACAAAGGAAGAGGAUUGUGACAAUAUAUGAUUGUUGGCAAAUUUCACAGAAAUUUUGACAUGAUUUUUAUGUGUCAGAGUAUUAUUCUGUGUUUUUUUAUUCAGUUUGACUACCUUGCUACUAUGAUAAUAAGGUGACAAAUUAUGCAAUUGUUUCAAUAAAAAUAGCUCAUUGAUGUUUAAAGUUUUGUAAAAAAGUGUAUACAAUAUUGCAAAAACCAUUGAGGAGAAAUUGUGUAACAAUUUUGGUUUGUAUUCCAUUACAGUUCAGUAACUUUUUGACCACACACAUAUCAUGAGUGAUAUGUCAUGAACCGUUAAUGUCUGUGUAUAAGACACACCCAUAGAUAGGACGCAGUCAAAAAAAUACAUGAAUUUGUUUAUAUUGAUUUAUCUGAAGAGCCAAAUUUCGCCUGAAAUUGACUUCCAUUUUUUUUGGUCAGAAGCCUAAUACCAUACAUAAGACACAGGCAUUUUUUUCUUUGGAAUUAUAGGGGAAAGAGUGUGUCCUCUAUACAAACAUUUACGGUACAUCAUUAAAGGAAACUCCACCUAUAGUUACAUGUAUUACUACUUGAUUAGAAGUUAUAUCUUAACAUAACUUUAUUUUUGCAUGACAUGGUUUUUCUUGUAUAAGCAUUGAACAAGGAGUUCUGUUAUGUAUGUACUAGAUAUAAAUUGAAGUUUUGCAUUGCUUUUUGUUUAGAGUAUUCACAUAUUUUUGUAUGUUUUUGAUUAAUCAAUUGUUAUCGUUAUUGUGUACAUUUUGAAUACAGGCCAACCCUGUUGGCUGAAACUCCCAGAGGCCGGCGAAAAUACCUUGAGCCUCGGAAAAUCCGAUCCAAAGGGGAAUGCAAGCAAAUGAGAAAUUACAAUGAAACAAGUUUCAGCCAAUGGGGUCGACUGUACUUUUAUUAAUAAGCAAACAUAGGAAUGUUCUUGCCGAGAUAUUUGCCAAUUAUUGUAAUCAUGCAACAUUUCGGAAGUUAUUCAUUGAAAUCCAAUUGCAUUUUCACGAUUGUUUUUCACGGUAGCUUGUGCCCUUAAAGUCAAUUUCAAACAUUCUAGUCUGACUGCUUCAGUCUGGUUGUAACAGGGUCUCCUAUUUAAAUUAGGGAUCUGGGGCCGUAUUCAAUAAGCAUCUUAGUGAAUAUUUUCAACUUAGUGAGAAUUUCGUAAUGAUUAUUUUAAACACCAGCUACUUUUCACCAGAUUUUUUCAUAUGCAUUUAUUGUUUAGACCAUUUUCUUGCUUAUUUUCAUAUUUUUGGUUUACAAACAUUGUUCGUUUUCUUAAAAUUCAAAUUAGAAAAAAGGAAUUUAUUCACUAAGUUGAAAAUUGUUACUAAGAUGCUUAUUGAAUACGGCCCCUGUUUAUAUCGUUGACUAAGGUUGUCUUUAUAAAACCUGAAAUUAAGUAUUCUCUUAACAUUCUUCUCAGAUCUUCAGUUAAGAGAUUCUAAAACAUAUCUGUGUUCCUUGAUAAAAUGCAUUUAUAAGGGACUUUCCCAGGGUUAUUAAAAUGAAAAAAAAAUCUAGUCUCUGAAAAGGUUUUGUAUUUGUAUGUAUGUCCCCAUUUGCAUCCACACCUUUAGAAUAUACCGGGUAUUUGAAAAUGUUCAAGCCAUAUUGUUCAAAUCUUUUAUUGACGCCCUGGUAGGAAAGAAGGAAUGUGCUGAUAUGUGCUGAUUCAUGGUAGAUAUACAUAUUUAUAUUGGUUGCUUGUCACAUAAUGAGUAUAGGCUGAAAUUGAAUUCCAUUCAAUAUUUCAGUUAAAAAUGUUAAGUCUGUAUACUAACUAUGAACUGUAUAUUUUUUUGGAGAAAACAAAAACAUGUUUCUCAUUAGCUGUUGAUACUUUUCAUAAGCUGUUGAUACAUCUCAUUAGCUGUUGAAACGUCUCAUUAGCUGUUGAUACUUUUCAUAAGCUGUUGAUACAUCUCAUUAGCUGUUGAUACAUCUCAUUAGCUUUUGAAACGUCUCAUUAGCUGUUGAUACUUUCCAUAAGCUGUUGAUACAUCCCAUUAGCUGUUGAUACAUCUCAUUAGCUUUUGAAACAUCUCAUUAGCUGUUGAUACAUCUCAUUAGCUUUUGAAACAUCUCAUUAGCUGUUGAUACAUCUCAUUAGCUUUUGAAACAUCUCAUUAGCUGUUGAUACUAUUUCAUGAAAGUAAACAGACAAGGAUUAGUUUUGAAGAAUUGGUUAUUGCAACAUUUAAUUCCAUGGAAAGUCUUGUGUGGUUUUAACAAUAUUUAUUUUAAUGAAAUAUUUUCAAGGUAUACACAGUUUAAGUAUAAUCCAAUCUUUCAAGCUACUUGUGUUGGUGUGAAGGCCGUUUUGAUUUUUGUAUUCAUAUUCCAUGUUAUGUUGGUGUGAUUGAUGGAAUGUGGCCUGGUCCCGUUGUCACAAAAUUUAAGUCAAUUUUCAAUUUUAAUCUUAAAUUUUUUUUCCACAAAAAGCAUAGCAUGAUUCAAAAUCAGGCAUGUUUUUUUUAUACUUUUUGUGAACUUUUUAAUUUUCUCAGAAUGUGUUGAUAAAAAGAUUUUGUCAAUAUUUCAAAGAAAACUAAUUAUAGGGCAAUAAAUUCUUUAAAAAAAUGAUUGUACUCAAAUACAUUUUACAUUUUUGGCGGUAGAAUAUUUUUCCCUUGAAAUCUAAAAGAUGAAUUAAUUAUAAAAAAACAUAUGAUAUUUAAUAUUUUUUAAUGCAAUUUGAUAAAAUGAGUUGAGACUGAGAUUAAAAUUUGACUUAGUUAUUAACUUGUAUUGGGACCAUCUCGUCAUGAGUUUUGAGCAUAAUAUUCCAUAUAAAAUUAUUAUAUGAUAUUAUAUGAUAAUAAUGAUUUUGCAUGGUUAAGUAUUGUAAUGAUUUUAUCUCUUCUACUUGUAUCAUGUAAGUGACUGUUUCCAUAUUUGUUAAUGAACAAUUAUGUGACAUGUAUUCUAUAUGUUUUCUAAGGGCACGUCUUAUCAAUGUGAAUAUUUUAAAACUGACAAUACAGUGAUUAAAUACACAAAUAAAAACGAAACAUUUUCAUGUAAAGAUAUUUAAUAAUUGAUGUAUAUUUUUGUUCAAUAAGCAACAAGCAGGAAUAGAAAUAUUUAAUAAAAUCCAAAUAUUCCACAUGUAUUUUUCAGUAACUGUAUUAAUUUUGCAGUAGAUAAUCAUUCCAUAAUUAGACAAGUGUGCCAUUAUAGAUUGUAAUUCUAUGAACAUUGCAGUUGAAUUCCAUUUUGUAUAACAUUUAUCAUCUUUAAAUUUUUCAACCGUGACUAGAAGGAACCGGUUUUAUAGUAAACAUGGCGUCAUCCGGAAAUAUGAUGUCAUAGUUUCAUGUUACUAAUAAUAGAUUGGAAACGUCCAUGGGGUGACAGAUUCUUAUAAUCCAUGGUACAUUGAAGGUCACUGACUCUAUUUGGUUUAUGAAUAACGUAUUAAUUAAAUGUAUGCCAAUAACUUAUUAUUGAGGAAUUAUAAAACUAUGGGUCGUAUUUCUGUUUUUGCAAUCUGUAUGCUUCCAGCAUAACUAAGGAAUAACAUAAGGAUGUGUUAGAAAACGUAUAAAACAAAAAUAUAAGGUUAUUUAUCAUUGAUAAUUAUUAUUGAAUUAUCUCGUCUUAUACAAGAUGUAUAUCCAAAGAUGUAAUAAUACUGUGAAUGUACACAAUUCUCUCUUAGUUUGGUAAACAAAAACUCGUCAAAUAAUGUUGAAUACUGAUUUGUUUGUAUAUUUUUGAAGUUGAAGUUUUUCUGCUUGCAUUGUUGCUUGUAAUGUUUUAAACCACCGCUUAGAUAAUGCAAUGGCCUUAUUUUGAUUUUAUUGAUUGAUAGGCAAGAUGUCCAUUAGUGUUUAAUAUGAUUCUUGGGCCAAUAUUCGAAACACUACCUAAGUGAAAAUGUUCACUCAAUUGAUUCUUAUUUCAGUGUUUUAAAACUAAUUCUUCAGUAGUGAGAACGUUUGGAAUGCAGCGUUGACAUGCAUCAUCUUGAGAAGACUUUUAAACACAUUUUAGGAUAAGAAAUCUAGAACAGCUUAGAAUAAACAAACCUAAAAAUGAUUAUUAAAAAGAAAAGACUUAAAUAUUUGAAUAUUGGCUCAAUUGCGGGAUUUCUUUGUGAUAAUUUACUAGUAUUCACUAGUGUUUGAUGUUUUGCUGUAAAUUUUGUUAUGCAUUGGUAUCACCAUUAUUUUUGGAGUUUACUGUUUAAUAAAUGCCUAGCAUUA